AUGUCUCUCUUCGGCGGAGCUUCGUCUCAGGCGCGUAGUAGGAAUUUAGUUGAAUUUAAAGCUGGCAAAAUGAAUCUUCGUGGAAACAUGGUUUAUCCAGAUAAACGAAAAGGACUUCUUUAUUUAUAUCAAGGCAAUGAUAUGUUGAUGCAUUUAUGUUGGAAAGAUCGAUCGAAUAAUUCAGCUGAAGACGAUCUUGUCAUAUUUCCAGAUGAAAUUGAAUUUAAAAAAGUGACACAAAAUACAACAGGACGAGUAUUUAUUUUAAAAUGGAGAACUAAUGCACGUAAAUUAUUUUUUUGGAUGCAAGAACCAAAGAACGACAAAGAUGACGAAUUUUGUAAAAAGAUAAAUGAACUUCUUAAUCAUCCACCAACACCUGGCUUUGGUGACGAUAGCAGUGGCGCGGGUAGUAAUCACUUGCUGCAACCACUUAUGGAACGAAUGGCUGGUGGUGCAGGUGGUAUUGACCCAAGUGAUUUAUCCAAUGUUCUUGGAAGCAUGAAUCCAAGAGAUUUUGCAUCCUUACUUUCUUCGUUUGGUGGUGGUAGUGGUGCUGCUGGCUUGAUGCAAGGUCUUCAUCGUAGUGGUAGAUCUUCUAGUAGCUCACAUCAACAUACAGCUGGCUCUCGUCCAAAUACAGCACCAGCUAGUACACAUAGUGGAGGGACAGCAAUUACAUCAACAAGUCGUAGUAGUGGCUCGUCAUCAAAACCACGUAAUGGUGGAACAAGUUCAUCAUCAUCUGCUGCAGCAGCUCCUAAAAAUACUACUAGUGCAGCAGCAGCUGGUGGAACAAAAAAUGGUUCUAUUCAGAUGGGUGCUCUGACAAGUGUUCUCGCUAAUUUGGGUACUAGCACUACUGAAAGAACUACAGCAGCAGCAUCUCCAGCUACUAUUGACCUUUGUGAUAUAGUCAAUAAUGAAAAUUUAAUUCCAUUGUUAAGCAAUAAAGACGUGCAAGAAAAAAUACGUACUCAUUUGCCUGAAGGUGCUACUCUACUCAAUACAGAAAAAGAAUUAAAAGAAUCGAUUCAAACACCGCAAUUUAAACAAGCUGUAACCGCAUUUAGCGUUGCACUUCAGUCACGUGAAUUAGGACCUGUGCUCGUUCAAUUUGGUUUUUCAGAUGAAGUAAUAAAAGCUGCUAAUCAAGGUGAUUUACAAGCUUUUGCGCAAGCAUUAAAAAAACAUUAUAACAAAUCAUCCGAUACUACAAUGGAUACAAGUUAA